CUUGUAAUGGUGUUACGACGAAGCAAGCGCAAGCACGCGGCGAUCGAGGACGACGACGGGGAAUGGAGCGCUUCAGCUGACCUCAUCGAUGACAUCAUGAUAUCCAUUCAGCUUUUACUGACCCGCAACGCCGACGGGUUGGCAGCACUGAGCUUACCCCGAGUGGUAGUCUGGCACCAAUUAUACACGGUUCUACCAAGUCGGACAUUCAUAGACCAGAAUGUGCAUCGGCUGCGAACAAAAGGCAAGUUGGUAACAUUCAAGAUCCCAACGGGAUCGGAAGACACGGUGAUUCUACGUGCAGAAGAUUACAUUGCCGAGGUGAAGAAGCACGAGAAGAUAUUUCGCGAGCAGCUACGUCAGCACCCAGGAGAUACAGCGAUCUCCUUGAAAUUGAACGCUGUGGCGGCGUUUGGACGGGCACUUCCUCAACUCACUUCGUUAACUACUGCUCCAUUGCAAGUCUUGAUAUCGAGGAUGAGGGAGUGCGGGUGUUCUGCAGAUGAACAGGAGAUUCGAGCUAUGGUGGGGUAUGUGUGCAUCCAACGACUUGGGUUCCUUCUGCCCACAACUCGGUUAGAUGACGAGGCAUAUUCCUUCUCUGUCCCUGGAAUAGGAAAACUAGUAUCAGCGAUCAGGAAGACCCGAACGCAGAUCUUGAGCACACUGAAGCGCACGAAAUACAAGGAGAUGCACGAGCAGCAACUGAAGAAGGCAAAGCUGAAACACUCACGCUUUCGGCUGGAGUUUCAUCUAGCAGAUAUGGAGGGCUGUGGGUUGAUUCGGCGCACCAAAGUCACGUCGGGUGUCCUGGUUGCGCUAGCAGACCGGUAG